AUGUUAAAAUAUAUUAAAGAUUGUCAAGAUAAUCCGAAGAAACUCAAUAAAGAAGAUGACGAAUUGGAUCAAGCUAACAACCUGUAUUAUUCUUAUAUUAUAACUAGAAAAACAUUAAAAAUGAGCAAUAUAAACUGUGUGAAAAUUAAUAAUGUUAUGAAUGAAAUGCCAAAAGUAGUAAUUCGUGAACAUAAUUCAGCUGAAAUAAAUCAAGAGAAUGAAAAAUUUAAUGUUAUAAAACAAUAA